AUGUAUUCAUCAUAUAGUAGCACUAGCUCUGACACCACUACAAAGUACCACAUAAAUUUUGGUGGUCAAACAAUUGAAACAACUGUGACAAACAAAGCUGUUGUUGCCAAUGAAUGGGCUACUUCAAUGCUCUCCAAAUAUUCUGGAAAACAAACAGUUGUUGGCUUAGACAAUGAAUGGAAGCCCAAUUUUAGUCCAUACACUAAUAACAAAUCAGCCACUCUCCAACUCUGUAUUGACAACACGUGUCUUAUAGUCCAAUUGUUUUAUUUGGACGAAAUCCCACAAACACUCAAGAAAUUUUUGGCUAAUCCAAAUUUCACUUUUGUUGGAGUUGAAGUUGGUGAAGACAUCCUUAAACUGAAAAAUGAUUAUGGUUUGGUUUGUACUAGUAAGGCUGAUAUUCGUGAUGUUGCUAAGAAUAAAUGGCCUGGUAGGUAUUCACGUCCAGGAUUGAAGGAACUUGCUUAUGAUAUAUGUAGUCUUAAUAUGCCUAAACCAAAACAUGUUAGCAUGAGCAAUUGGGAAGCAAGGGAACUUAGUGUUAGCCAAGUUGAAUAUGCUUGCAUUGAUGCUUAUGCUUCCUACAAGAUUGGCCACAACCUACUUAUGGAUAAUUGA